AUGGAGGCCCCGCAUGAGCUAGGGCUUUCGAGGCUUCUAUCGCAACAAUUUAAGCGAUUUGCAACCUCGCUGGCCAUAAGGGAUGAUGGGUACCAUCUUUCGUACGCUCAGCUUCACACAAAAGCGCUAAACCUCGCUUAUCAGAUCCGAUGUCUACAAGUGAAGACUGAAGUUCCAAUUGGAAUUCUCUCACCACGAGGUAUAGAUCAUGUUGUUUCGCAGAUUGCUGUCAUAUAUGCUGGGGGAACGUGCGUUCCAUUAGACGUGAACCAUCCUGACCAGUAUUUGAUUGAUAUACUGAGAAAUAUCAAUAUCUCCGUUUUGUUGACCGACCGAGCCAAUUCGCAUCGACUGGAAGCUCAGGGAUUUAGUCAAAUUGUGGUGGACCACAGGUCGCUACAUACCUUAGUAUGUGAGGAGCUUGAACAGGAUGUAAUUGAUCUACCGUCAUCGCAAUAUCGAUCGCAUAUCUUUCAUACGUCUGGUUCAACAGGUCGUCCAAAGCCUGUGCAGGUGCUCGCCAGAGGAAUUCUCAACUUCUGCCUUAAUGAAACAUUUGUCCCGGUCCAGGAGGGUCAGCAAUUUGCUCAUCUUAGUAAUGUCACGUUUGAUGUGUCUAUCAUGGAGACGCUUGGAUCGUUUCUCCGCGGUGCUACGGCAGUAGUGCUAGAUCGUGACACCGUCCUUGAUCCCGCCAGAUUGGUGAAACGUAUACGGGAAGAUAAGAUCGAUGUUCUCUGGCAAACUCCAGCGCUAUUGGCUGCGACGAUAAAUGCCUACCCACAAGCAUACAUAACAGUUGAAACGCUCCUUACUGGAGGGGAGGUAGUGACGGCUCAACUGGUGCGGAAGGUCCUAGAAUAUGGCCCACCGAAGCGGCUGUUAAACCUUUAUGGCCCGACAGAGUGUACGAUGUUCUCAACAUUCCACGAUAUCUCAAUAGAAGAUGUAGAGAGGGGUACUAUUCCUAUCGGGAAGCCGAUGGAUGGAUACGAGAUCAUAGUAGUGAAUGACAGCCUUGACGUCUUACCCCGUGGAGAAGUUGGGGAACUGGUAAUCGGCGGUAAAGGAGUCGCAGGAGGAUAUCUCAGUGAGUCCGAGAAGCCCGGUAAUGCAUUUAUCCAGCUGGGACACUUUUGUUCCAAUCGACAGGUGUAUCGAACAGGAGAUCUUGGACGGUGGAAUCCAACUGGGUUACUCGAGUUUGUAGGUCGACGUGACAACCAAGUCAAAAUACGAGGCCACCGUAUCGAGCUCGAAGCAGUCGAGGCUAUUCUGAUGGCGACCGGGUUGGUUUCAGCGGCGGCAGCCGUAAAGAUAGAUGCAGAUGGUAACAGUGAGGCCGAGUCGCUUUUGCUAGCCUGCGUGAUACCGAUUUCCGAUGAUACGAAUCCAUUGACUAUCAGACAGGCGUACACUAGGAAUGCACCGUAUCUCAUGCUACCGCGUUUGGAAGUAGUAGACCAUUUGCCUCUGACAAAUACCCAUAAGAUCGAUCGUGGGGAACUGGUUGAGCGAUACGCUAAGACUAGAGGACAGAGGAUGACGUUGUACGAGCCUCUGUCACCGAUUCAACAGAUUGUGAUGGAUGUGUUUGGAUCACAAAUGGGACCAGAUGACAACUUCUUUGUAAUGGGUGGUUCCUCAUUACAUGCAGCCCGCCUGGUAUCUCGUGUAAAGGAGGACCUCGGUAUCCAGCUACGGAUCGCGAUGGUAUAUGAAAACCCAACUCAACUAGAACUCAUCAAUCUUAUCAAGUCGCUGCGGAAGGGCGAGGAGUGGACAGACAAAAAUGAAACUCUUUGGCAGCCAGACUUGGAUCUCGGGAAAGACUUGCGGCCAAUACCGGGCGAUAUAGUGGACUGGACAAUUGAAGGCGAAGGGCGCGUCUUCCUCACCGGUGUAACGGGGUUCAUCGGCACUUUUUUAUUGAAUGAACUGCUCCUUCGGCCAAAUGUUCAGCGAGUGGCAUGCUUGGUACGUGCAAGCGAUGAGAUAGAAGCUAUUAAGCGUAUAGUCAAGGCCUUCGACCGGUACGGGCUUCGACCUUGCUACAUGGAAAAGCUCUGGACCAUUCCAGGGGACUUUUCCAAAGAAUACCUAGGUCUCCAUCGCGAAACAUUUGACUAUCUCGCAGAGUGGACGAGCAUCAUCUUCCACCUAGGAGCCCGCGUGAAUUGGAUCGAGCCCUAUGAGGCUCACCGGCAAGCGAAUGUCCUAGGCUUGUUGAACAUGAUUCGAUUCGGAAACACAAAGCGACUGAAGGCCUUCCAUUAUAUGUCGAGCACCUCUGUAUAUGGCCCUACGGGACUGUUGACUGGGGCGAUGUACAUCCCGGAAGAUGAAAAUCCAAGAUCCCAUCUUGCGGCCUUGAAGUACGACACCGGAUAUUCGCAAAGUAAAUCCGUUGCUGAGGUUGUUGCAUGGAAUGCGAUCGUCAACGGUCUAGCCGUGACCAUUCACCGUCCUGGUUUUGUCCUUGGUCACAGCGAAACAGGGAUUGGGAGUUCCGAGGAUUUCUUCAGUCGCGUAGUCCCUAGUUGUGUGGGCAUGGGUUGUUAUCCUGCACUCUCCGAGCACCGCGACGCCUUCGUGUCGGUCGACUUUGUGGUGUUAGCGCUGUUACACAUCGCAUCAUCCAACAAAUCCUCCGGUCGAGCUUACAACCUUGUUGAGCCUCACGGGGAUGCGAUGAUUUCCCUCUCAGCGAUUUUCGAGGGCAUAAGCGCCGCCCUUCCAGCAGGCUCCUUGAUCGAGGUUCCGUAUGGAGAGUGGGUAGAAAAAUGCCAGUCCCGAACUUCUGCAAAGACUCAACACCCCUUGAAGCCACUCAUGCCGAUGUUGGAAGAAACCGUUCUCGAUAACAAGACACGCUGGGAGCUGCAGGCGAGAAUGCCAGUCCUUGGUACGGAGAGCCUAUGGAAUGCCCUCAGGACGAGUCCUAGUCUCCUUUGCUUUCCAACGAUACGGGCUCUUUUGCCCAAGUAUAUUCGGCAUUGGCUUGAGAUGGGCUCCCAGGUCUGA